AACUAACCUGUGUAUUAAUCCUUGGUUUAUAUAUUCCAGUGAUUUGGUUGUAGCUUCUCCUGUAGAGGAUUACUUUUUAUACAUUGAUGAUCUGAAAAAUCCUGAUAAGGAAGAAACUGAGAAAAUUACACAACCAUAUUUAGAUGCUCUUGGUGAAGACUAUUCUGUUUGUUGCCUAGGAACUGCUUUUUUUCCUCUGCAAAGCUGCAUGAACCAUUCCUGUAGUUCUAAUGCCAAAGCCUUCAAGAGAGACGAGUCCUAAUCUUUUUGUAUGCAGGAUAGGGAUGGCCAAGCAACCAUAAUUGCAGUAAGGCCGAUUCGAAAAGGAAAAGAGGUUGGUUUGUGAAAAAUGUUUUGUUAUUAUGACUAAGCAUUAUUUGUUUGAAUCCUUGGUAUUAUGACUAAGCAUUAUUGUGUAUGUCAGCCAAAGAAAAAAAAUAUCAAAUGAAAAUAGUGGCAAUCAAAGGAGUGGCAUUUGAAUGAUACUGAAAAGACCAUUAUAUUUAGUAAGUAAUUUUUCUUUUUGCAAUUCUAAAAAUAUUGUUUUAUUUAUACACCUGUUUAAUUGCCCCUAUGAUGAAAGCACUGUUUCACUGCCCGACGAUGUCGACUCUUCUGAUGAAGAACUCUCUGAUCCAAGCAACUUGGAUUACUUGGAGAGGCCAAUCUCACACUACUACGAUGAGGAUGAACUCUUUGGAUGUAAACUCCCUAAACCCCAACGCUCCAAUGGCAUCCUCAAGAAAGGAGGAGUUCACCUUCACAAGCAGGUUCACCUGCGCAGUCUCAAUUGUCUUGAUGAUUCAGUUGAGUUUGCUACUCCUCCAAGUGCUCCUCCUAUUAUUGAUGCUGAUUUUCCACCUCAACUUGAGAGAUUCUCCAAGGGCUCCCCAAUGAAUGAACAAAAUGAUUCUUGGCCAUCCAGAGAAUCUGUGGCUGGGAGAAGUGAAUGUUCAAUUGAGCAAAAACCCAGCAAUGUAAAAGCCACCACUGACUUUGCUCAAAGACUAGACAGAACUAUCACAGAGGACACUGAAAGACCUCAUUUAGCAUAUUACAACACCAGGUGCUGUUAACCUUGACUUCAUGCACUUAUGUAAAACUUUAUAUAUCAACAAAGUAAAAUACAAACACACAUCAUUACCUUAUUUUGAAACAAACCUUGAUUUUUUUAGCUGAGUAGGAACUCUUAUUCAAGUAAAACAAACCUGAGAUUCGUACCCAGAUUAAUGCU